AUGCCGUUACGACUGGAAAGUCCUCUCGUGAGGGUGGAACCCGCGUCGUUCCACACUAUCGAUACCUCCAAUGUGGAGAACCUGAUGGGCAUGUGGUCCGUCUUCAAGAAGUGUUCUGAUGCAAUGGAGGAUGGCAAACGCUACGAAAACCUAAGUUGGAGACUUUGGACCCGCGAAACAUUCUGCUGCGCGCCUGACCAGCAACCCUUCUUCUCACCCACCUGGACCUUCAAUCGAAGACGGUCUAGCAAAAGCCCCGCCGCAGUACCUGAAUUGUCAUCAAGUGUGGAGUCCGACGACUCGUCUUCGGCAGCUUCUCACGCGGACGUCGCCACUCGUCCAAACACCUCGAUAUGUCCUGCUCGACCUGAGCUCGUCUUGCACGACUCGAACGACCCUCGAAGUCGAGGAAAGGAGAAGCACAUCACCCCAGUCGACCUGGAGAAGAUAGUCAUCUCCAUCAAAGAGACGAAAGAGCUGGAGCCCCUCUCUCCACUACCGAUACCUUUGACACAGCCGGCCGAGUCUCGUCCGAAGCCGGGUCGACAAGAUACCACGCCGCGACCAUCGUCGCCACCUCCACCUCGAAAUAUACCCCAAUCCUCCACCUCAACCGUCGCCACCGCAGCAGACAGCGACGCCUCCGCAAUGACACCGCCCGUUGGUUCAGACACCAGCACGUCCACCAACCUCAGCUCUCACAGUGUAGUCCGCGGAUUCUCUUUGGGUCGCGUAUCGUCGUCAUUUCGCUCAAAGACGCACCUCGCUCCCACGCCUACACCGAUCCUCAAGACUUCAAACCAUCCAUCAAAAAUGGGGUUGUCGAAGAAGAAGGGUGCGACCUUCACUCUAGGUGGAUCAUCUGACGAAGACGGCACCAGCUCCCUGGAGACGCACAUGCUGAACACUAACCGGAGCUCCCUUUCGGAAGGACUCAGAAGGCCAGGACUCAGCAACGGCAAAACCACGUCGUUCAACGACAAAGUCACUUCAAUUCAGAGCGAAUCCUACGACAGCAACGACGAGGCGUUGGACAGCGAUGACGGAGAGGAGGAAGAGCCGUCCGAAAGCGCGAUCGAAGACGACGAUGACGAAGCUUGGGAAGAUUCAGAGAGCGAGAGUGGACCAUCAAGCGUAAAUGAAAACGGGCUGUUCCAGAGGGUCGAGUCGCGCCCCAAUCUAACUUCACGGCGGUCUAUGUUGACCGCUAUGAUGCAUGAACCGGAUCGGCAAAGGGCGCUUCAGAACGCGGCAUCAAGGUCUACGCCCGCAAUGCGACGAUCGCGAACCUCGUCACCAAACGGUCCGUCGCUCGCCAGCUCGCCGAAGGACGAUGAGCCGGGACUAGAGAUGCGCGGUGCUGCGGUUCCUCGCUCAAAGCCGAUUAUCAUGACUACAUCUAAUGUACAUCCUCCUGCGCUUUCUCCGCGCACCACACGCCGAAACAUGCUUACUACAGAGCUUACCGAAUCACUACGAAAGCACCUCCUUUGGGAGCGGCAACAGAAGAAUGCUACGAAUAACGCGGCACUGAAGCGGAGACACACUUCGCAAGACGUGAAGAAUCUGAAGCAGUACCCCGAGCCCGUUGCACUCCAUGGUGACCCUCCGAUCACACUUAAGGACGAGGCCGCUAAGAACAACAACUCCUGGAACGCAUUUUUCGACCACGGUCUCCAGGAGUAUCACGAAAAGGGGUGGUAG